CCGCUGCCUGUCGGUGGGUGUCAAGCCCAGGAGGGAAAAGACAGAACAUAAGCCAUCACUAUCAGACGAUGUGAUGGAGGGUAUGCCGGUGAGCAUGGGUGGCUUGCGGACGCUGCCGUGGUACGUGGCGGGCUCUCAGGUGCUGGGGGUGGCAUGUGUGGUGAUCACAGGCGUGUGGAUGGGACAUUACCGCGGAGGCUACGCCUGGGACGGCUCCACACAAGAGUUUAACGUCCACCCUCUCUGUAUGGUCCUCGGCCUGGUCUUCCUCUAUGGAGAUGCUGUUCUGGUUUAUCGUGUCUUUAGAAACAGAAUCACAGAGAAACUGCUCUUCAGUAUCAUGUGA